CGACUUGCGACUUACGGUACUUGUUGGAGGGACAGUCAUUACCCUAAGCUGAGUACAGCGUACAGUGAGUGCAUGCGUCGGAAGAGAGCCCCUCCACUAUCGAGUUAGUGGAGAUGAUACCUGUAGUGGUGAUAGGGACCAAAUGAAGCACAUGAUGCCGCAGAAAAUCGGGGACCUUUCAACCUUCCACCCCAGCAACCCCAAGCUUGGGUACGGAGUACAGGCACACGAAGAAGCAGAAACAGAAACACGGAGACACCAGAGAAGACGUCGAAGGCCUGAACAAGAAUUCCAUCAGUGGGUCUACAUGCUAUCUCUCAGCGCCUAAUCUGCGCUUCAGGCUCUCCGAUGCAGUAUUUGACGCUGAUCAUGGCUCGUAACGGUGCUCGACAGUGUUUUGGCAGGUCGAUGGUCACCGUCCGAAAUGUCUCCCCAUCGUCAUUUUUAUGGUCCCCCGGUCCUUCCCUGCUCACGACCCCUGAACCCUUCCCCCUCCAAGCCAAGUCAAGGCCAGCCCAAAAGCCACCGACCGUAUCCCUAUCCCAUACCUGUAAAGCAUAUCCCAAAAUCUUUUGCAAUCUCUCCCCUCAACACCACCACCACCACCACCAUCACCACCACCUCUUCAUCUGCCAGCAACUCUUUGCAUCCAGUGCGUUGCCUAUCAUUCACCUACUCUGGCUACUUUCAACAACACCACGUCGGCCAGAUAUUCGCUGCAGUCCAUCGUGUUCAGCCGGUUGCCUUACGUGCCUUGCUUGCCUCACGGAUCGUCGCGGGGUCAGCAGCAGUGUCAGCAGUCCAACCCUCUGUCGAGACACCCGUGGACAACCUCGCUCCUCGGCACCCUCCCGACAAGUCGAGUCCUGCUGCCGUCAUCCACCAGCCCAAGAUCGCUCGAGACGCGACACCGAAUCCCAAAGGCAUGUACAUGUAGUAUCCCGCCGCCCGCCAGACAAUGAGCUGCAUCAUGCAUCUCUUCGGUGCACUCCCUAGUUUCAUACUGAUCAAGUUUGCUAAUACCAAAUUCAACUAUAGCCGCGCAACACGCUGAUCAGCCAUCAAGCAUCAACCAUCAACCGGCCAGCUGCAAUUCUGGUGGCUGCUUACUCGAUCACUUCGCCUUGACGAAGCUUCCAGUGCUUGCCCCACCAUCUGGGUGCAUAUAUUGAUCCUUCGAGCCCCUCUUGACGAAGAAUAAGAUCAAUAUCAUUUUUACAAAAUGUCCGACCGAUACGGAUACAACGCGCGACCGCGCUCCCCGACUUACAACCCGGCAAGGGCUUCUCUUCCCAUCAACCUCUCGGGGGGUAACGAUUACCACACCACAACUUCGACUCUACAUGUCAUUCCCACAUCUCGUCAACAUAUCCCCACCGGACAUUCGAGAAGCAGUAGCAGCACGAGUGGUUCUGCUGGUAUUAUUACGACAACGUACAAAGUGACAGCAGAGCCACCUCCUCGAACGAGCAGUGUCCGUAGCGAUAGCAAACGACGAAGCUCUACUCUAGAGAAUCACAACCGACCAACAGUAGUUACAACAGUCAAACAGCACAAACCCGUCAUUCAUAGCGCUAGGCCAUCAAGUCCAAUGAAAAAUCCCUAUCGAUCAAGCAAUGAAGAUUACUACGCAGUUCCGGCUUCUUCACAUCACGAUACUCGGUCACGUCACCACAGACCGGCUGAUAUCGACACAAGUGGAAAUCGAUUACGAGUGAGUUCGGCUAGACACGACCCUGGGUACAACGGCAGUAGCCGACCACGAUCACAAUAUCCCGUUCCUGUGGCAAGACACACGGAUACGUCAUCAAAUGGAGAUUACCCAGAUGAUGGAUUUGGGUACACAAACCCAAGGGACUUGGUUCAGUACGAUUUGAACACCACCCAGUCGCGACCACGAAGAGACAGCUAUGAUGGCGGUCGACCAAGCAGACCAAGCAGCAUCGCGGGAUACACCGAUUUGGUCCCACGAUCCGCCGAUUUCCGAGAGCGAGGACCACCGCCUACAACAAGAGGCUUUGACAGGAUCCGUCAUGGAGCAACAUGGGAUCAACCAGCAAGCGCUAGAAUGCCAAUGCUUCCUCCGCCAUCGCCAAUGGAUCCCAUUCAGAGACCAGCUAGGAUAGAAUUGCCAUUUCAAGAACAACCCGUACCCGUACGACGAAAUGGCGCUCAGCGACCAGCGUCGAUGUACCAUGACCGUGAUCGUGAGGUUGGCAGAAGAGGGUCUCGUGAUGAUGUUUACGAAGUGCGAGAUCCGGAGCCCUUGCGUAGAAGGAACAGCAGUUCACACCGUCGACCUGAACCCAGAUACGAAAAUCCUGUUGCUGAACGAGGAUUUGGCAUUAGAGCGGAAGUGCCACCACCACAACCACCCAGACCGGACAGGGUAGAAAGAAUCGAACGGAUUGAGAGAGAGGAUCGACCUGAACGAUCCGAGAGGUCAGAUAGGUAUGAGAGAUCUGACAGGCAUGAUCGCUCCGAUAGAAAUGAUCGACUAGACCGACCGGAAAGGAACGAUAGAUCGGAUCGCCCCGAGAGAACAGAGAGAAGUGAUCGAGGUGAAAGGUCUAACGAGGAUCGUGAACACCGGAGCAGCCGAGAUAUCCUCACUACGGGGCUUGGAAUUGCUGGAGCGGCACUUGGCUUGAAAUCUUUCAAGAACGCACGAGACGAUAGCAAGGAGGAGCGAGAAAAGGAAGAGCGGGAAGACAGAGAAGAAAGGAGACGAAGAGAAUACGAUGAAGAGGAACGUCGACGACAUAGGGAUGCACGCGACGACAGAGAGGCAGCGGAGAAACUAAAGGAGAGACGUUAUCGAGACGAAGAGAGAGAGCGGAUCUCGCCACCUCUACAAACUCCCAGAGAAGAACAACCGUCCUCUAGAGAUAUUCCACCCCCAAUCCCACCAAAGAUUCCACAUGACCAUGACCAACGCGAGAUGCGAGAGAGGCACAUGGAUCAAGCUACCGUUAAUCUCAAUGGGCGCGAUCCUAGAGAGCGCGACUCAAGAGAACAAACGGCACCAAGACAUGAGCGCUCAUCCUCAAUAAGUGGACACGAUGGAGAACCCGAUAGACGAGAGCGACGCCGCCGCCCAGAUGUGCCACCUAGCCGUGAGGAUUCCCGUUCAGAUUCUGCUUCAGACCCAUCACAUCGAGAAUCGCGACCCGUCAAGGAAACCGUCACUACUCCCACAGCAGCUUUCAACCCAAAGGAUACUCAGGAUUUGAAAGCUUUGAAGGAUGCUCUGAACUCCAAGGACAACGCGGCCGCUCGUGAAGUUUCUCCACCUGUCCCCAAAGCAGCGAGGGCUUCAUUCACCAAAACUUCUGCCGAGGCCGCCGAUAUCCGAUCCGAGAUCCGGGAAGACCGACGCUCAAGAGAAACGCAUACUUCUAUGGAUGUUGUUCAACCUCGAGUUGUAUCACCUCCACGAGCUGCCAAAGUGGAAGAGAAGCCUGUUAAAGGCAUUCUUCGUCAGCCAAGAGAAAAGUUCCCUGAGGAUCCCGACCCAAUUCGAGAAGGGGUCGCACCAUUGAAAGAUGCAAAGAAGGAUGGUGUUCCUCCUGAUGCUAGAUGGACCAAGAUCAAUCGAAAGCUAGUGAACCCUGAGGCACUUGAGUUGGGUAAAGAGAGAUAUGAAGCACGAGAUGAUUUUGUCAUCGUUUUACGUGUUCUUUCCAGGGACGAGGUUCAAGGUUAUGCCGAGGUUACUCAAAAGCUUAGAGGUUUGUCAUUGUCCAAUCUUUAAUUCUCAUAUACUAACCAUUUUCAAGCCGCCCGCGAGGAUGCAGAACGAGACGAAAGACGUCGAGCACGUAGAGAGCGUCAUGAACGACAUAAGCGUGAAAGAAACGGUGGUGAGAGAAGUGAGCGUCGCCGACGCCGUGAUCGCGAAAAUGAAAAGCCUCAGGAAUCAGAAUCGGAUACUACGGAAAGUGAUGAGCCAGAACCAGAUGGACCAAAAAUGCUUGAGCCUGCGCCGCCACGAAGAAGAUUAGUUGGAAACAAGUUUGAGGAAGCCAUGGUGAGUGGUGGUUUGAGCGGACCACCACCAAUUGAGGAUCCCAAUGCUCCUGGUCAAUAUUUGAGCUAUACCCGAAAUCCACCCCCGCCUAGUUCUGUAGCGGCAAGUUCGGGUUCAUCGACUAGAAGAGAUCGAUAGGGGUUGAUGAUGUGA